AUGGCUUCUAUUUUAUCGGCUUAUUCUCGUGCAUUAAAUGCACACCCACUGAUAACAAAAUGUCUAACUUCUGUUGUCCUAGGAUGCAGUGGAGAUAUUGCAGCGCAACGUAUCAUGAGCAAAGACGAACACUUCAAAGUGGAUUGGGGUCGAGUGUUUCGAAUGGGCUUUGUUUGCAUGUGCUAUGGCGGUAUCAAUCACUAUUGGUACAAUUUCCUCCAACAAUCGAUCAAACUGGAAGGGAUGCAGCGAGUUCUAACAAAAAUGGCGUUUGAUCAGCUAUUCUUUGUCCCUGUGUUUGAUUCUUUUAUGUUUUUCGGUUUAUCUGCUUUGGAGGAUCCUCACAAUCAACCAUCUGCAGGUAUUCGCAGAGUCAAAGCUUGCCUUUGGAACACACUUAAGGUAAACUAUUGCGUGUGGCCAUUCCUUCAAAUCAUCAACUUCAAGUAUGUUCCUUUACAGUACCAAGUGUUCUUUACUACCGUCGGUGUAUUUUUCUGGAAUAUUUUCCUGUCCGACAUGGCGAAUCGCAGAGGAAAGCAGGCGGCAGCAGCAGCGGCAGCAGCAGCAGCACAUGUGGAAUGA